AUGGCAUCUUAUAGACUAGAAUCAAUCUGCUCUAGACAAUCUUGGAUCAGUGGAAUUCAUUCCAAUCUGUGGCAGCAAUGGCAUUACGACUACGGUAUCUUCACUGUUUUGACAUCUCCCUUAUUUCUUUCCUCACAAAAUAUCCAUCCCCUAGUGGCCACACAUUCGCAAAUUUUCAAUCCUUACAAGAAUAAUGCCUGUAUGGUGAAGGCCUCUCCUGAGAGUUUUAUCAUUCAGGUGGGUGAAUCGGCUGAUAUCAUCUCGAAAGGAAAGCUAGGCUCAACCCUUCACUCUGACUCUAGACCUGCUAAGUUAGGAAGUUUGAGUAGAGAAACAGUUAUUGUUUUCUUGCAGUCUGCAUGGAAUAAAACCUUUUCUAUCUCAGAUUAUCCCAUGAAACAAUUUAUGUCAUGUGGUCAGUGCUUCGAAGAAUCUAAUGAGGGAACAAAUCAUUCUGCGCAGGACCAUAAUAAACUAACUCAAGAAAUUGGAAAAAUAAUUCCCCCGCUAUCAUCACGGUUAAAGUAUGGGAUGACAUUUGUAGAAUUCUCACGUGAAACCACCAAGCAAUACUAUGGUGGCAGAGGUUUGCAAUCUAACGGUAACAGAUAUUGUUAUUUUGGUAUUAUUUGUGUAGAUUAA